AUGCGGGAGACCCCGGCGCGCGGCGGGAAGGCGGGAAGGCAAGCGGAGGAUGAGGCGUGCUCCACCCGCUCCUCCACCUCUUCGAUCUCGUCGGGGUAUUCGGCCUCCUCCUCCUCGCGAAGCGCGGAGGAGCGCAAGCACUACCCCAUCUUCACAGCAGAGUACGCCAGGCGGUACGGGGGCGGCAACUUUCCCUUUCUCUACCUAGACUGCGGCGAGCAUUCGCCGCAGGUAUCAUCCCCGAUGCUUCGCCCGAAGCAUUUGCAGUCGGCGUCGUGGAUGCGGGACCGGCCGCGCUGGAUUUUGUACAAUGAAUACGUGUUUCUGCGGGAGUUGGGCAAAGGCACCUACGCCAAGGUGGUCCUGUGCCACUCCCUCCGCACCGGCGAGCUCUGCGCGUUGAAGAUAUUUCGCAACGAGCAAGCCUACAAGAGGGCCUACUGGGACGAGGUGGGGGCGCUCGAGGCGCUUUGUCGCCCGCACCCGGAGGACGUUCAGCAGCUGCUGCAGCAGUAUGGUGUCGGCCUGGGCGGGGCGAGUCACGGUGGAGGUGGCGUUUGCAGUGGCGAGAGUGGUGUAAUGUCGGCUGCGACGGCCCGCUGCGACGCAUUCGGAGUGGGGGCGGCGUGCCAGGGGCGAACGGGUCGGUUUAUUGUCCCCAUUGCACACUUGCCGCAUCCCAUUCACCAUGCAAUUGUUCUGCCCCCGCUUGGACCCUCCCUGCUAGACCUGCUCCGCCACAUUCGCGAUGUGUCCGUUCGCACGGAAGACGAGGUGGCCCAUGGACCCCAGCGGAGUCGGGCAGCGAAUGGCACUGACGCGGGGGACGCCCUGCCUCAGCUCGGUGUCAUCGAAGUCCACUACAGGGGAUUGCCGCUCCCGCUUGUUCGCGCGGUUUUGUACCAGAUCCUCCUCUUCCUGCGCCACGCACAUCGUCGUGGUAUCGUGCACACAGACCUCAAGCCCGAAAACGUGCUCUUUGAGUCCAGCGAGACUCUCAUGACGCGGCUGCAACUUAAGCGGCAUUGCUACUGCAAAACCACCUCCCAGUCGCCUGUUUCUUCUGACCAAACUCAACAUGUCGGGGUUGCUGGCGUCGCCGCCUCUACCUUAUCCCCCUUUAACUCCGUGGCGAGGGCACUGAGCGUGAGUGAGACAGUGGUGGAUGUCCAGCUGCCUGUGAUGAAUGCAGUGCGAGUCAUCGACGUUGGGGCCGCCGAAUUUCUUUCAAAGUGCCGCCAUUUCAGCGUGUUAGAUGGUGUUACGCCUGUUUUCUACCACCGCAUCCACACAACGCAUUACCGGAGUGUGGAGGUGCUACUUGGGCUCGGGUGGACAAGUUCCGCGGAUAUGUGGUCGCUUGGCUGCAUGAUUCCCGAGUUGCUCACGGGGGACUGUGUGUUUAUGCCGCGCAACGACAUGGAGCACCUCGCCCUCAUACAGCACAUUGUGGGGGCUUUCGAUGUGACGGAGGGCGGCUCACAAACAGCAGCAACGAUCGUUGGACGUGUGUUCGCCAAGGGACGCUAUUUUGGGGAUUACUUUGACAUGCACACGAUGCAGCUGGCGUGGCCACACGCCUCCGCAGCGGUGUCCUCGUCCUCGUCAUCGUAUCGCCGUCGGCGCACUGCGUCGCUGGAGAAUAUCCGCUACGUGGCGUCACGGCCCACGCUGCAGGAGGUACUUGGGCCUACCCCGCUGUUGUACGAUCUCUGCCGACGACUGCUGGACUACGACCCGAUGCGUCGCAUCACCGCGGCGGAGGCGCUACGUCACCCAUUCUUUACGUCGGCCGCAUAG